AUUUUACACAAAAAUGGUCACUGUCAACUGGCUGUGGUAGCUACUCCCAUCCUGGUUGUUACUGACUGGGGCUUGAUCCGAACCUGAGCCCUAACUACCUGGGUUAUUGGGUUCCUUCACAUGCCCACAACCAAGAAUGAGAGAAGCCCAUGAAAAUGGGAAGAUGAAGCCAGGUGUGGUGGUGCGUACUUGUAAUCCUGGUGCUCUGGCGGAAAAUGCUGGCAGGCUGGCUGACUGGCGACAUAACUCAGUCCGGAGGCCUCAGGUUUAAUCCCUGGUACCAAAAAGGAAGAAAGAAAAAAGGAAGAAUAGGUCACUUCUGUAACUAGGUCACCAGCUUGUUGCACCAGCCACGAUGUCACGGUCACGACAGCCCCCCCUUGUGACGGGCAUCUCUCCAAAUGAAGGGAUCCCGUGGACAAAGGUCACGAUCCGAGGGGAGAACCUGGGUACCGGCUCCACCGACCUCAUAGGCUUGACUAUUUGUGGACAUAACUGCCUCCUGACAGCAGAGUGGAUGUCUGCAAGUAAAAUAGUCUGUCGAGUGGGACAAGCCAAAGAUGACAAAGGGGGCAUAAUUGUCACAACCAAGUCAGGCGGCAGAGGAACGUCAACAGUCUCUUUCAAGCUGCUCAAGCCUGAAAAAAUAGGCAUUUUGGAUCAGUCUGCCGUGUGGGUUGAUGAAAUGAAUUACUACGAUAUGCGCACCGACAGGAAUAAAGGAAUCCCCCCUCUGUCCCUCCGUCCUGCAAAUCCCCUUGGCAUUGAAAUUGAAAAAAGCAGAUUUCCCCAGAAGGACUUAGAGAUGCUGUUCCAUGGAAUGAGUGCCGAUUUCACAAGUGAGAAUUUCUCAGCUGCCUGGUAUCUCAUAGAGAACCACUCGACCACCAGUUUUGAGCAGCUCAAGAUGGCAGUGGCCAAUCUGAAGAGGCAGGCCAACAAGAAGAGCGAGGGCAGCCUGGCCUGCGUCAAGGGUGGGCUCAGCACAUUCUUUGAAGCCCAAGAUGCCCUCUCAGCCAUCCAUCAAAAACUAGAAGCGGAUGGAACGGAAAAAGUAGAAGGAUCCAUGACGCAGAAACUGGAGAAUGUUCUGAACAGAGCAAGUAAUACUGCAGACACAUUAUUUCAAGAAGUGUUAGGUCGAAAGGACAAGGCAGAUUCCACAAGAAAUGCACUCAAUGUACUUCAGCGAUUUAAGUUUCUCUUCAACCUUCCUCUAAAUAUUGAAAGGAAUAUUCAAAAGGGUGAUUAUGAUGUGGUUAUUAACGAUUAUGAAAAGGCCAAGUCACUCUUUGGGAAAACGGAGGUGCAAGUUUUCAAGAAAUAUUAUGCCGAAGUAGAAACACGUAUUGAAGCUUUACAAGAAUUACUCCUGGAUAAAUUGCUUGAGACGCCAUCAACCUUACAUGACCAAAAACGUUACAUAAGGUAUCUGUCUGACCUGCGCGCGCCCGGCGACCCCGCGUGGCAGUGCAUCGGCGCCCAGCACAGGUGGAUCCUCCAGCUCAUGCACAGCUGCAAAGAGGGCUACGUGAAGGACCUGAAAGGGAGCCCCGGCCUGCACAGUCCAAUGCUGGACCUGGAGAGCGACCCCCGCCCCUCCGUGUUGGGCCACCUCAGCCAGACGGCCUCACUGAAGAGGGGCGGCAGCUUUCAGUCUGGCCGUGACGACACAUGGAGAUAUAAAACUCCACACAGGGUGGCAUUUGUUGAAAAAUUGACCAAGCUUGUUUUAAGCCAGCUGCCUAACUUCUGGAAACUCUGGAUUUCCUAUGUCAAUGGAAGCCUUUUCAGUGAGACUGCUGAGAAGUCAGGGCAGAUUGAAAGGUCAAAGAAUGUAAGGCAGAGGCAAAGUGAUUUCAAGAAGAUGAUUCAGGAAGUCACGCAGGCCCUGGUGAAGCUGCUGCGUGGUGCCCUGCUGCCCCUCAGCAUGCGGGAGGCCGAGGCCCGGCAGUACGGGGGCUGGGAGGUGAGGGCCGAGCUCUCGGGCCAGUGGCUCACACAUGUCAUCCAGACCCUGCGGCUCACUUACGAGUCUCUGACUGCCCUCGAGAUCCCUAACGACGUGCUGCAGGCUGUGCAGGACCUCAUUCUGGACCUGCGCGUCCGCUGCGUGAUGGUCACCUUGCAGCACACGGCAGAAGAAAUAAAACGAUUAGCUGAAAAAGAGGACUGGAUUGUCGAUAAUGAAGGGCUGACUUCCCUCCCGUGCCAGUUUGAACAGUGCAUCGUGCACUCGCUGCAGUCACUGAAAGGAGUUUUGGAGUGUAAGCCUGGAGAAGCCAGUGUCUUUCAACAACCUAAAACGCAGGAGGAAGUUUGUCAGCUAAGCAUCAGCAUCAUGCAGGUUUUUAUAUACUGCCUGGAGCAAUUGAGUACCAAGCCUGACGCAGAUAUAGAUACAACACACCUCUCUUUAGAUGUUUCUUCUCCUGAUUUGUUUGGAAGCACCCAUGAAGACUUCAACUUGACUUCUGAACAGCGACUUUUGAUAGUCCUGAGUAACUGCUGCUAUCUAGAACGUCGCACUUUCCUGAAUAUAGCAGAAUAUUUUGAAAAGCACAACUUCCAGGGAAUAGAAAAGAUGACACAGGUUAGCAUGGCCUCUCUGAAAGAACUUGAUCAGAGACUCUUUGAGAACUACAUUGAGCUGAAAGCAGAUCCCAUUGUCGGCUCCUUGGAACCUGGGAUUUAUGCGGGCUACUUUGAUUGGAAAGACUGCCUGCCUCCCACAGGUGUCAGGAACUACUUAAAAGAAGCGCUGGUGAACAUAAUCGCGGUCCACGCAGAGGUGUUCACCAUUUCCAAAGCGCUGGUGCCGCGGGUGCUGUCCAGGGUGGUGGAGGCCGUGUCUGAGGAGCUGAGCCGGCUGAUGCAGUGCGUGUCGUCCUUCAGCAGGCACGGAGCCUUGCAGGCGAGACUUGAAAUCUGCGCCUUGAGAGAUACUGUGGCUGUUUACCUGACACCAGAAAGCAAGUCCAGUUUCAAACAGGCUUUAGAAGCCCUGCCGCAGCUCGCGAGUGGAGCAGACAAAAAGCUCCUGGAAGAGCUGCUGAACAAGUUCAAGUGCAGCAUGCACCUGCAGCUCACCUGCUUCCAGGCCACCUCUGCAGCGCUGGUGAAGACGUGAGGUCGCGCGGGAAGGGCAGGCGUGGAGGCGGCGAGGGCGCGAUGCUCGCCUUCCCGGGCUGCAAGGGCUUGGUGUGGAAAGCACUGGCUUUGCAGUCUCCCCCUCCCCCACUUGGAAGCAUCAUGGAAAGAUGGUGGUUCGUGCUUUCAUUCUAGCCAGAGUGACCCUCCGGGAAGUGCCGAGCAGAGCGGCAUCUGCAUGGCUGUUCAGCACACCUCUUACGCCGUUCUUUUCCCUUAGCUGUUACAGUGUGAAUGUUAGGAAGCCCCCAGGACGAAGAUGUUCACUCAGAGGCAUCUCGCUGCAGAGUUGGGUGAGCUUAGCACUCUGUGUGCUGAGGACGAGAGGCACCCGGUUGUCACCCAGCAAUGAUGCCCUUCGAGUCCUCUGUUUCCACUGCUGAAUGUACCGCCUUUAUUAUACUGGUGGUUUCAGGGCACGGUAUUAACCCUACACGGUAGUCAUUGUUUGGGACAGGGAAAUGGAGUGUGUAUUCGUUUGUAAUGGGGACUGAAGGUUUACCUGUUUACAGACACGUUAGGUAAAGCCGUGAGAAGGGUGUGACCUCCUGUCUCGGAAGUGUGUUGGCCGUGAUGUCUACCAUGACCAUGAACUAAGUGAGGAAACUACAGUCCUGAGUGUGUGUUAUCUUAACUCAUGUAGCACAUUCAGCCAAUAAAGAAACCAUCUUUUGAAAGAUACAAUUCAUUUGACUUUUUUCCCCAGUUAGUGUCUUUAUUUCAGCAUUUUCAUUAACUGUGUAAUGACUUACGUGUCUAGUUUCAAUGCUUAAAAUAAGUACUUGUGUUCUGGUUCA